GGCUUAGAACGCGGAAGGCCAGAGCCCUCUCUUCGGUUACAUUUGUACCAGUGAACUGCCUCGGCGCCUGACGGACACAUUAAGAGCCUCCAAUAGCAGCAAGCACAGGCUGGAUUUGUCAGCUGCAGAACCUGCAGUAUAAAAGCAGGAACAGGCGACUUGAGCUUCAUUCUGAUCGAGAUCAGGCAGCCGCAGAGAGAAAAAGAAAGGAGGAAGCGAAGCAGGGGGAAAAAGCGAGAAAAUCCUCACUACCGUGUAUCUUACGUUUGAAGGCACCCCGGCUUUUUCCUUCGCUCUCCAGCAUGAAAGCGUUCAGUCCUGUGCGAUCCGUCAGGAAAAACAGCCUCUCGGAACACAGCCUGGGGAUAUCGCGGAGCAAAACCCCGGUGGAUGAUCCUAUGAGUUUGCUGUACAACAUGAACGACUGCUACUCUAAGCUGAAAGAGCUGGUGCCUAGCAUCCCUCAGAACAAGAAAGUGAGCAAGAUGGAAAUCCUGCAGCAUGUUAUUGACUACAUCCUGGACCUGCAGAUUGCUCUAGACACGCAUCCCAGCAUUGUCAGCCUCCAUCACCAGAGACCGGGACAAAAUCCUUCCUCCAGAACCCCUCUGACCACCUUAAAUACAGACAUCAGCAUCUUGUCGUUACAGGCAGCUGAAUUCCCUUCAGAGUUAAUGUCAAAUGACAGCAAAGCACUUUGUGGCUAAAUGAAUUGGUGUUUGCUGACUUUUUUGCACAAGAAAAGACAGCUUUUUUUUUUUUUGGCGAGCUGCUGAAUCUGAUUUUUCAGCUGUAUCUGGAGGGGAGUCUAUAUCCAAUUAAAUGGACAUUUAAAGAAAAUUGUGGACACUGUCUCCCCUGUUCUACAACAUGGACUAAUCUUAACUAUUUAUGAAGAGACUUUUAAAUGCCCUUUCCCUAGUUGGAAGGCUUCAUUUAUAUACUAUUCCCACAACGGGGAGCGAAAUGAAUUGUAAAAAACUCAAAGGAAUUGCCCAUUUUAAAGCAGACUUUGCCUUUUUCCUCCAAAGGUGGAGCGUGAGUACUAGAAGGAUUUAGUGUUCAGUUUUUCAGUAAAGUCUUUGUCAAAAAUUAUCCUUUUUUGACACACAUGUAGGACUGAAUGCUGUGUAUAUAUUUAUAUAUAAAUAUGAAAAUGAAACUUUGAACUCUUUCAUUAGAGUUUCUUGUAUAGUAGCAGAAAUGUACAUUUCUGCAAAAAGUGUAAUGAUGUACGUAAUCACGCUAAACUUUUCAUAAAAGUUUAGUUGUAAACUUAAUCUUUUUAUACAAAAUCAGAAUAAAUCAUGUGUGUUUAUUGAA